AUGAACAGCCAGACCACGACAACACCCAAGACGACAAUAGCGAGGACGAGCACCAUACGAAGCGUACCGAGCAACGAAGGGUCCGACACAAGUCUAGCGAGCAAGAACAGCGUCGUGUCGAGUAGCGGACAGAGCAGUAUGGCAGCAGCAGCAGCAGCAGCAGCAGCAACUGCAGAAGCAUCAACAGAAGAAGGAGACACCAUGGGAGCCCACCACGACAACGGAGACACGACGAGGGCGGCGGAGGGGGACGAUCACACAGAGCCACCGAUAGCCAAGACACCGCCUCCGAGACGCAACGGUCCGGCAGCAGCAGGAGGCGUGCGGGUGGUCGAGAUGUCGCCGGUAGAGCCGCAGGAGCAGGACUCGCCGACGGACGGCGGCGGCAACGGGGACGGCGCAGACGGCCGCUGGGACUCGACCAUCGGCAAGGCGGGGCUGGGCAAGACGGGUCGGGUCAUCAACAAGCUGGUAAGCGACAACGACGCGCUGAAGCGUGACAUCAAGAUCGAGCGGCUGCGGGCGGAGGAGUCGAAGCUGGCGGCCAAGCUGGUGGAGGACAAGAUGGAGCGCAUCGUGAGCGACUACGAGAGCCGGCUGCUCGAGGCGAGCGUGACCAAGACGCUGCUGGCGCGCAAGGAGCGGCAGGUCGAGAGCCUGCAGGCGGCCCUGGAGCUGGAAAAGAACCGGGCCGAGGCGGCCAUUGAGCGCGAGCGCAGCUGGAGGCGCGAGCUUGAGAGGACGCAGCGCGACACCACCGCCCAGGUCGAGGAGGCAACCGCCCACUCCCAGCUGAUGGAAGGCAGGUACAACGCCAUCUCGUCGCACUGGCGCUCCCAAGGCGACGAGGUCAACAGGGCCAUCGCCGAGCACCGCCAGGAGAUCUACACGCUCGUCAGGGAGCGCCAGGACGACGACGCAAAGAUCCAGACCCUCCGCGACCUGUGCGACCAGCAAGACAACAAUAUCAAGCUCAUCCUGCAGGAGAAGGAAGAAAUCGCCCGCAAGUUUGCGCAGUACAAGCAGACUCAGGACGACGACCUGCGCCACAUACGCUCCAACGCGGCCGAGACCGAGGCCGAGCAGCAGAAGCUGCUCGACGACGCCAGAGAGGCUCUGCACAAGCUCAGGUGGGCUUUGAACGUGAAGCAGAAUGUCAAGGGGGCACAAUAG